GUAUCAGAUAAGAUGUACUGUAAUUGUUGUGAAUGUACAUUUGAGGAUCGAAAAGAACAGGAGCAGCAUUAUAAAUCUGAUUGGCAUAGAUAUAAUCUUAGAUUGAGACUAGGUGGCUUCAAGACAGUCAAAAUUGAAGAUUUUGAAAAAAUAGCCAAUGAUGUCUCCAGUAUAUCAGGAUCAGAGGAUGAAGGUGAACGUACUUCAGAUGAAGAGACUGAAUGUCAAUCCAAGAAAACUAAAAAUUCCAAACAUCAAAUGAAUAAGAUUUACCUGAAAACCAAAGAUGGUGAAUUGAUUUCACUCUACAGAUGUCUUCUUUACCAUAAAAAGAACAGAUUAACAGAGCAGACUGACUUGAUUGAAGAAAUUAAAAAAUUGCCUCAGAAAACAAAUUCAGCCAUUUUCAUGUCUGCUGGUGGCCAUUUUGCAGGAGCAAUAUAUAAUGGAAAACAAGUUUUAACCCAUAAAACUUUUCAUCGGUAUGUAGUGAGAGCUAAGAGAGGAACAGCUCAGAGUAGUAGAGAUAGUCAAGGUGGUAAUGCUCCCAAGUCUGCUGGAGCUUCAUUACGAAGAUAUAAUGAGGCUGCUCUUAUACAGGAAAUACAAGAUUGGAUAAUGAAUAAUGGUGAGGUUAUUAAUACUUGUGACUUUCUCUUCCUACGAGCUCCUAGUUUUAAUCGAAAGAUCUUUUAUGGUGGUAAAAACCCUCCAUUUACCAAAGACGAUGACAGAAUUAGAGUUAUACCAUUCCCUACUCGAAGACCAACUUACAAUGAAGUAAAGAGAGUAUAUGAAAUGUUGUUUUCCAUAGAAUGUUAUGGUAGGCAUAUUUUAUACAUCACAUAG